CUCCCGACGGUUGUGGCGGCCGCCAUGGAGGCGAGCGGGCCCUGAGAAGAGGCCGGGCUGGGCCGGUGGCCUGCAGCCACGAGAGGCGGAGGCCGGGGGGCACGCAGCGGGGGAGGCGGGUGCGAGCCGGGACGCCGCGGGAGGCUCGGUGCUCCGUGUGUGCUCCGGCCGCCCACCCGCCGCUCCUGGCUUCGGCCCCGGCUCCGGCCGCAGACAUGGCGGGCGGGCACUGCGGCAGCUUCGCCGCGGCGGCGGCCAGCAGCGGGGAGAUCGUGCAGCUGAACGUAGGGGGGACCAGAUUCAGUACCUCAAGACAGACUCUCAUGUGGAUUCCAGAUUCUUUUUUUUCCAGUUUGCUGAGUGGAAGAAUUUCAACACUUCGAGAUGAAACCGGUGCUAUAUUUAUUGAUAGGGACCCGGCAGCAUUCGCCCCCAUUUUAAAUUUUCUUCGGACAAAGGAACUCGACUUAAGGGGAGUGAGCAUCAAUGUUCUCAGACACGAAGCAGAGUUUUACGGGAUCACUCCACUAGUUCGAAGGCUGCUGCUAUGUGAGGAGCUGGAGAGGUCGUCCUGUGGCAGUGUCCUAUUCCACGGCUACUUGCCCCCACCAGGUAUUCCCAGUCGUAAAAUAACUACCACAGCUAGACCCUCUGUGGAUGCCAGGAAUGGACUAAAUUCCACGGAAGGUGAAGCCCGAGGAAGUGGGACCCAGCCUGUGCUCCCUGCAGAUGGAGAAGAGACUGUUAGGCUGGGGUUUCCAGUGGAUCCAAGAAAGGUGCUAAUCGUUGCUGGCCACCACAACUGGAUUGUAGCGGCCUAUGCGCACUUCGCCGUCUGUUACAGGAUCAAAGAGUCUUCAGGGUGGCAGCAAGUGUUCACAAGCCCGUAUCUGGACUGGACCAUUGAACGAGUGGCUCUGAAUGCAAAAGUGGUUGGAGGUCCUCAUGGGGACAAAGACAAGAUGGUGGCCGUCGCUUCCGAGAGCAGCAUCAUCCUGUGGAGUGUCCAGGAUGGAGGGAGUGGCAGUGAAAUCGGUGUGUUCAGUCUUGGUGUUCCUGUAGAUGCCCUCUUCUUUAUUGGGAACCAAUUGGUGGCCACGAGUCACACAGGAAAAGUGGGAGUGUGGAAUGCUGUCACUCAGCAUUGGCAGGUGCAGGAUGUUGUUCCCAUAACCAGUUACGACACGGCAGGCUCCUUCCUUCUCCUGGGAUGCAACAAUGGAUCGAUAUAUUACAUAGACAUGCAGAAGUUCCCAUUGCGGAUGAAGGAUAACGACCUCCUUGUCACUGAACUCUAUCAUGACCCCUCCAAUGAUGCCAUCACUGCGCUGAGUGUUUACCUCACCCCCAAAACAAGUGUCAGCGGAAACUGGAUUGAGAUCGCCUACGGUACGAGCUCCGGAGCUGUGCGAGUGAUUGUACAGCACCCGGAGACUGUCGGGUCAGGGCCGCAGCUCUUCCAGACCUUCACAGUCCACCGCAGCCCCGUCACAAAGAUCAUGCUGUCCGAGAAGCACCUGGUGUCAGUGUGUGCCGACAACAACCAUGUCCGUACGUGGACAGUGACGCGGUUCAGAGGGAUGAUCUCCACUCAGCCAGGCUCGACUCCCUUAGCGUCAUUCAAGAUCCUGUCCUUGGAGGAGACAGAAAGCCAUGGCAGCUACUCCUCUGGAAAUGACAUAGGACCUUUUGGAGAACGAGAUGAUCAACAAGUAUUUAUCCAGAAAGUUGUUCCCAUCACUAACAAGCUGUUUGUCAGGCUGUCGUCCACUGGAAAAAGGAUUUGUGAGAUCCAGGCUGUCGACUGCACUACCAUAUCCUCGUUCACCGUGAGAGAGUGUGAGGGCUCCAGCAGGAUGGGCUCACGGCCACGGCGCUACUUGUUCACAGGCCACACGAACGGCAGCAUCCAGAUGUGGGAUCUGACCACAGCUAUGGACAUGGUCAACAAGAGUGAGGACAAGGAUGCAGGUGGCCCCACUGAGGAAGAGCUGCUCAAGCUGCUAGACCAGUGUGACCUGAGCACGUCCCGCUGCGCUACCCCCAACAUCAGUCCUGCCACGUCUGUGCUUCAGCACAGCCGCCUUCGGGAGUCCAGCUCCAGCCUUCAGCUCCAGCACCAUGAAACCAUCCAUGAAGCAGCUACUUACGGGGCAACACGGCCUUACCGGGAGAGCCCUUUGUUAGCCAGAGCGAGGAGGACCGAGAGUUUCCACAGCUACAGGGACUUCCAGACUCUCAAUCUCAACAGAAACUCAGAGAAGUCUGUCCCAGAAAACGGUCCCGUGGGUCCACCACAGGCGGAAGCGAAAGGGGCAGCCGGGGAAUGCAGUGUGUCUGAGAGGAAGUCCCCUGGGACAGAGCUGAGAUGUGGGAAAGAGUUGGAUGGCAGCUUCGAAGUGCAGAGAGCAGCUGAAGGCUUGUCAGAGUCCAAGAAAAGGUCAUCAGAGGACGACAACGAGCAUAAAGUGGAGUUACGGAAGAAAGGGUUUGAAGCAGGAGGAUUCCUUGGUAGAAAGAAGGUUCCCCAUCUGGCGUCCUCACCAAGUACCUCCGAUGGAGGGACCGACUCUCCUGGUACGGCAUCCCCAUCUCCAACAAAGACCACUCCGUCACCUCGGCACAAAAAGAGUGAUUCCUCGGGCCAGGAGUACAGCUUGUGAACUCACCAAAGUGCAUGAUAGUUUUGAUAAAUGUACAUGAAAAACAAAACUCCCUGGGUUUCCAUACAUUGGCUUUUACAUCAAAACUCUGUAGGAUACAGUUUGACCUGUGUAGUGUUUUCUGGGCCGACUCUUCUGAGGCAGGAGCAGAGCAUAUUCGGGGCGCAGUGAUGCAUUCCUGGACAGCUCAGAAGUAGCCCCAGGCCUGCAGGCACGUGUAAGAGCAGUUUGUAAGCAGGAGUCAUGGUCCGGCCGCCCUCUCUGCGGGCUUCUGUCCCAGCACCAUGGUAGUGCCCUUAGAGCAGGUGAGGCAGUGGGCCCGUUCCUAAUCCAGUUGUCCAAGGCUUGUCUUGCAGUGGUACCUUAACGUUAAUGACAGAAUCUCCUUGGAAUGUGGCUCCCAACCCUUGUGAUUGCGGAGUGUUUACUAGAUACUUGUUGAGGUGCUAUGUUGUGAAAAAGUCUCAUGUAACUCAAAACACUAUUAUUGGACCCCAGGUUCCACGGUGCACUACGUCUUUAGGGUUGUUUUACUUCGUUGUGGUCAUUUUCUGAUUCUUGUUGUUGGGAGGUAGUGCAGCAUGCACCACCAGUGUUUGAUACCCGAAGUCUCUCCCGUGGGAACAACCGUCUGUCUGAAUAGGUAAAAUAAUACAACAGGGAAGCGGUGUCCAGAAGGGCAUCCCUCUGUUUGCUGGUCUGCCCGCUUUAGGAGCCACUGUGUCUUUUCAGUGUCUCAC